CCAUCUUUCUCUCUUCCCAUCUUCCACGCCCUCGCUUGCUCUCUGCGACUCCUUUUCCUCUUCCUACCACCACAAUCCUCUUGACAGUCGUCAAACACAUCUCUCUUUUCACCCCCACACUCAUUACAUCCGACAAUGUUCACCCAAUCCAUCGUUGCCGCGCUUGUCGCUCUUCCGUUCGUCGCCCAGUCCGCGCUCGCCGCCGACUGCACUCGCAACUACACCAUCCAGGCGGGUGACGUCUGCGACAGCAUCUCCGCUGCCCAGAAUGUCUCUACGUACCAGAUCUCUGUCGUCAACGAUGGCAUCAUCAACUCCAACUGCACCGACUUGACUCCCGACCAGUCCAUCUGCCUCGGAUACAGCGGCGAAGACUGCACCACUACGCACGUCGUCGCCGCUAACGAGACCUGCGACGAUAUCACCACCGCCGCUGGUAUCAACUCUACCAUGUUGUUCUUGAACAACCCCCAGAUUGACACGGCUUGCGACAACAUCUACAUUGGCGAGGUUCUCUGCACGGCCUCCACCGUCGCCGUCCCUGCCGCCCCCUCCGGCUCUGUCCCCGCCACGUCCAUCCCCGCCACCGCCACCGCAGCCACCGCCUCGGCUUCCGCUGCCGUUGCCGACGACGACGACGAGGACGACGAUGACCUCCCCUUCUGCGACGAGCUCUAAGCGCACGGUUCCAUGGACCGUCUUCACCUGCGCUUCCGAUCCCCGGCUUUUGUUCUCAUCUUUAUUUUCUAAAUUUGUGAUGAACCUUUUCUACCCUCGAUUUGUUUAACCCGACGACGAAUCCUGAAUCAUUACUCCCGUUAUACCCCACCAUCACUUUUAAACCUUCUCUCUCCCUUUUUGUCAGUCGAUGUUCGGUCUUCGUGCGCGAUGCCGGCGGUACCGUUCGUACUCACUUUUGUGGCCCGAUACCUGUGAUUCUUCUCCUUUUUUUCCACUUUCUUUGGGUCCUGUGGAUCUUACCUUUCGUCGACUUCCUAUACUCCUGUGUUUCCGAUUUAGGUUAUUUCGAUGCAGUUGACAAUCGAAGUUAUGGUUGGUUUUGAGCUGAUGUGUUUUGGGUUGUAGUGAGCGAGUAGAGUGUAUGGAUGCGUUUGACACUACAGCUGAGAGAUAGGCCUGUGAUAUCUCGCUGAUGUAGUGGCGACGCG